UCCUAUAAACUUUGUAGCAUGUUGUAAGAGACAACAAGAGUUUUUGUUAGCUACAUCCAGCAUUUUCCUGGUUCACUUUGUGCCUCACGUUUGAAAGGACUGCUUGGAUCUGCCUGGCGUUUUUUUUUACAGCACAACUACAAUACAAAAGCACCAUAUCUCCUGAAAUCCAUCGACUCUGCUCACCCGUGUCCUCAGUCUUGACUUUCACCUCUUGGAACCCAUCAGGAUGGAAAGGGUGCAGCACAUGACACGGUCAGCGAUUCGGAGGGCGUCCAAUAUUGAAGUGAAUCCGCAAGCCAAGCGCAACUUGCAAGAUCUCAUCAUCAACUUCUCCCUCAUCCUCAUCUGCCUCCUGCUCAUCUACAUUAUCGUCUUGCUGAUGUAACACCAAAAGAUGACAACCGGCUAAUCAGAAGAUGAACUGGGCAAGAUCUUGGACAGUUUUAGGGCACUGAAGUUCCUAAUGAUGAUGCAACACGUGUCAGUUUUCUGAAAAUGAUUGCACUGAUUUUAUGUUUGUUGCGUUUUUCCUACUAAAGGCUAUAUUUGACCUCUGAGUUACUAUAACUCGGUUUUCCAAAAGCAGACAGACAUGUCUUUCGCACUGAUGCCCAAAACAUUUUUUCUUGUAAUUGCUGUGUUGAAAUGCAAAUUAAUAAGCCAGCCUCAGAAAUCAUACAUAAUUCACCGAGAAAAAAAGCAUGUGGUGUAAACUACUAGCUUGUACAUUUAACACAUCAAUGUCUCUUGUUGUACACUUCUUAAUGGACAGAGAGAAUGAUAUAGAGAUUAUACAGAUAUUUUUAAAUCUGGAAAACCAAUAAAGACAAUGUUUGUUUUAUGAUCUGACUAAAUGUUUUAAACAAAAGUAGUGAGAUACGAACAUGUUCAAGUCAUUUUAUGAUAACGACAUUUUCAGCCCACUGGUAUACGAUCAGCAUCCGAUGGCAU